CUGGGGGAGGGGCCUUAGAACAGGGAUGUCAGAGCUGGGGGAGGGGCCUUAGAACAGGGGAUGUCCGCUAAGAGCCUUAGGACAGGGAAUAUGAGAGCUGGGAGGGCCCUUGGAAAUCAUUUUCAUUGAGAUACAGGGAAGUUUCAACUCUAUUAGGCUGCUGUUGCUGCUCCAGAGCUUUACCAGCUACACAGACAAUAUCACCAGCAAUGCACUGAUCCCCAUCUCCCGCGAGGUGGGGCCUUGCAUGUCCAUUGGGCUCACAGUGCGCAAGUACUGGACCAGCAUGCUGAAGCUCGGGGAACUCUACCGGCAAUCACUGCCCCAGAAGAAGACAAAGCCAGAGGUCUCCCCACUCCUCCCCAAGCAUGGCGAGCCCUCCAGGACUCACCGCUUCACCUCCAAGCUUGAGGCCUCCAGAGGGGGCAAGCACAAGAGCCCCGAGACCCCGACGCCCCCGGCCUCCUGCUCUGGGACACCGGUCCCCCCCAUGCCCUGCCGGUCUCGGGAUGCCAGCUCCCCCAGGCCCCCGGGGUCCGCCGCCUCCCCCAGGACCAGCCGCAGCGUCCACAGCCAGACCGUGGAUUCGGCCUUGAUCCCCUGCGAUGCCUGCAGCAGCGUCCAACGGAGCCUGUGGGAGGUCAGCAGGGCCCUCGUGGGCCUGUGCGCCAGCCAGAACCUGCCCUCCUCCCUGGACAAGUUCCAGCACCUGCUACAGGGGACCAUGGGCCAGCAGCUCAUGUCGGUCACGGACCUGAGCUACUGGGCGGCCGAGCAGUGCAAGGACCUGGCCCGCAUCAGCAAGCACCUGGCAGCCCUCAUGCAGGCCGUGGGGCCCCUGCGGGCGCAGCUGGCCGAGGCCGAGCGGCUGCGGCGGGAGCUGGAGCAGCAGCUGCAGGAGCGGGCCGGUGAGCUGCAGGAGGAGCGGGCCGAGCAGCGGCGGCAGCGGGUCGGCCUGCAGCAGGAGCAAGAGCGGGCGCUGGCCCAGCUGGGGGCCGAGAAGCAGGCCCUGCUCACAGAAACGAGCCUCCUGAAGAAGAAUGUGGCUACCAUGACCGAGGAGCUGAAGCAGUACCAGGACAUCAUCCGGGACCUGGAGGCCAAGAAACAGGAGAUGCUGGAGGACAUGAGCCACAUGGUGAAAAGGAGCGAGGUCGCCCAGCUGGAGGCCCGCGUGCAGCUGCUGACCGGGCGCCUGGAGAACGCCAGCCAGCAGUUUGGCUGGGCCAGCACCGAGCUGGACAAGGAGAAGGCCAAGGUGGACAGCAUGAUCCGGCACCAGGAGUCCCUGCAGGCCAAGCAGAGGGCCCUGCUGCAGCAGCUGGACAGCCUGGACCAAGAGCGUGAGGAGCUGCGUGCCAGCCUGGAGGAGGCCGAGGUGCAGCAGGCGAGCCUCGAGGGCCAGCUGCAGGCCGCCCGCACCGACAGGGAGCACGCAGAGGUCCAGCUCAAGGCCCAUCAGGAGCUACUGCAGAGCCUCCAGCAGGAGAAGCAGGGCCUGGAACGGACGGCGGAGGAGCUGCAGGUGACCGUGAGCAAGCUGGACCAGGCCGUGCAGGAGCUGAAGGAGCGUGAGCGGCUGCUAGUGGCCUUCCCCGACCUCCACGUCCCCAGCGAGGCCCAGUUUGAGAGCUCCGGGAACGUGGCCGAGGACAUGAGGAGGCAGGUGCAGGCCAACGACGUCCGCAUCCGCAUCCUGGAGGAGGAGAACGGGCGGCUCCGGGCCACACUGGCCAAGCUCAAGGAGGCGGCCGAGCAGGGAGACCUGCGGCUCGUCCCAGAGGCCCAGCUCUGGUCUUCCCCUUCUCAAGGGCAGCAGCCGGCGGCCGUCAGCCAUUCCCGAAGGCCUUCUCCGAGCGCCUCCGCCGGCCGCCGGGACCGCCCCACCAGCAGCCGCCCCAGCAGCGAGGGCAGCCUCUGCCGCCCGCCCCGGGCCCCGACCGUUCGGCCCAAUGCCCCCCCGGCCCCGAGGUCGCCCCGCUCCCCCCUGAGCGUCACGGGCUCAUCCAAGACUUCGGGCAGCAACAUGGCCUACAUGGAGCUCCGGGGCAAGGGCAGCGGGAAGCGCCACCUGUCCGGUUCCGCAUACCUGCUGAGGUAGCCCCUGGCCCAGAGACUGAUCAAUAAAGCCUCCGGCCUCUGCCUUCCCACCA